AUGAAGUCUGUCACAGUUUCCGGAGUUGGUCUUGCCCUCAUUGGCGUCGCUCAAGCCGGUGUCAUCACCGCCAGACAAGGCUCAUUCCGCUUCGAAUGCAACGGCCAGCAAUAUCCCGAUGUACGUGAAGAAUGUUUUCACACCCACCAUCUCAUGAUUAACCAAAGAAUCUCUAGACUGGCGACUGCAAUGAUCUUUUCAACACCUUCACCGAUGGCACGCAGACCUACACGAAGCCAUCCGGUGUCACAGCAAACGGCCAAGUCUUCAACUUGGGUGACAGCAGCAACUGCCAGGUCGAGAUCUUCUGGCAAGACAACUCGUAUGUUGUGA